GUAAUGUGCGCACUUCUAUAGCUGCCCAUACUGAUAACUCUACAUACCUAGCUAGUACAUAGUUACAAAACUAUUAUUACAAAAGGAAUAAGAUAUCUUAGUGUUUCUACGAGUAUCUUGUACGGUUUCUAUAAUUAUUACGUAGCUCUACCAUUUACAUUGCUAGGGUUUUUGUCUGUAUCAUCUUUUGAAGCAUCAGUCAACCGAAGGAAAAACUUCAAUAACUAAAUAGGCCUUUUCUUCUAUUUUAGCUGCCAAUAACUUUAAAUGAUCAUAAUCACUUACUUGGCACUUUACACGCUUCAUGCGUAAAUGUAUUAAUGAGCAUGAAAAGAUUGACGUGCUUACAAUUUCUUACCUUCGAUAUUGGUAUUUGUUAGUUAAGAAACUUCAGUGGAAAUGGUGGCCACAUGGAUUCCUUUGAUUUUUCCAUUAAUUUUGUUCAGCUUCAGCAUUCUAUCAACCGGCGCAGACGACUGCGGUUGCCUGAAACUUACCCCGUUCAUAAAGAAUGGCAGCACAGAACUGGCCCGAACUCUAUCGCGCGUAGACCCAUCCCAGUUUCUGAAUGUAACCAGCCAUUCGGGUUUCCUCACCGUCAACGAGGAGUAUGAUUCGAAUAUUUUCUUCUGGUUCUUCCCUCAUAAGGAGGCCGCGAGGAGACCUUGGAUGAUCUGGCUGCAAGGCGGGCCAGGGUGUUCGUCUCUGUACGGGUUAUUUCACAUUAUAGGCCCGUUUCAUAUCGUGGAUGAAGAGCUACACCCUCGGAAUGUAACGUGGGCGAGUGAUUACUCGCUGCUGUUCGUCGACAAUCCAGUGGGUGCGGGAUACAGCUACACAAAAGACAAGCGAGGUCUCACGACAAACGAGGACCAAGUUGGCGAGCAGUUGUACGAUUUUCUGGUCCAGUUCCUGAAAAUCUUCCCAGAGAUGAGAAAAGCCCCGCUUUUCAUCGCCGGAGAGUCGUACGCCGGCAAAUACGUCCCUGCCUUCGGUAUUCAGAUCCACAGACAUAGAUACAGUACUAAUGAGACUAUCAAUUUCAAGGGUAUGAGUAUAGGCAACGGAUUAAUAGAUCCACGGAGUCAGAUGAAUUACACUGAGCUGUGUGGCGUUAUGGGUAUCGUGGAAGGCGUAGACCUCAUCAAACUGAAGCAAAUAGAGACAGAUGUUGUUAGGUUCAUAGACGCGGGAAGAAUGAUCGAUGCUGCUAACAAAUUCAACGAAACAAUAGAAUUUAUAAAGGAGAAAAGUGGCGUCAACAUCUUCAACUUUAACAGAAACCCCAGUAAAGGGGCGCCGGAGUACGAAGCGUUUCUCAACAGGUCAGAGGUCCAGAGGGCGAUCCACGUGGGCAACGUCGUCCACACCUUCAACAACCAGACUGUGUACCAGAGCAUGCUGCCGGAUAUCAUGAACACGACCAGACCGUUCCUCGAAGAGCUGCUGGAGCAUUAUGGGGUGUUGUCCUACAGCGGGCAGUUGGACGUCAUCUUGCCCUACGGCUUGUCCAAGCACCUGUACGAUGUGCUAGAGUGGUCGGGUAGAGAUGAGUACACGGUGGCGCCGCGGGAAUGCGUCCGUCUAUCGAAGGACGGCCCCAUUGCUGCUUAUAAGAAAUCAGGCGGUAACUUCGUUGAGGUGCUGAUCCGACUGGCCGGCCAUAUGGUCCCCAACGACCAGCCUUACGUGGCCAGACAUAUGAUAAGAUCAUUCAUUAAUCAGUUCAAAAAUUAAAGAAAUGCCUUCGA